AUGUCAAGAUCAGAAUCUGAUUCGGAAUCUGAUUCAUCGUCAAAGCACUUGCGAUAUUGUGAUCGACCAGAAUGGUCUGAUGUUGUACCAAUUGAACAAGAUGAUGGGCCCAACGCCGUCGUAAAAAUAGCUUAUUCAGAAGCAUUUCGUGAUACGUUUGAUUAUCUACGUGCAUGUAUGCACAAAAAUGAAUUAAGCGAACGGGCGCUUGAAUUAACAAAAAGUGCAUGUCAUCUUAAUCCGGCUAAUUAUACAGUUUGGUGUUAUAGACGAAAAAUUCUAUUACAUCUUGGAUCCGAUUUAGAUGAAGAAUUAGCAUUUGUCGGACGAAUGAUCGAGUUGCAUCCAAAAAAUUAUCAAGUUUGGGAACAUCGUCGAUUAAUUGUCGAAAUUUCAGGUCAUUCAUCAAAUGAAUUAUCAUUUAUUGCAAGUACUAUUAAAUUGGAUUCGAAAAAUUAUCAUGCAUGGCAAUAUCGUCAAUGGGUUCUUAAAACUUAUGCACUUUGGUCGGAUGAAUUACAUUAUGUUGAUCAUUUAUUACAAGACGAUAUUAGAAAUAAUUCGGCAUGGAAUCAACGUUAUUUUGUUAUAGCUCAUACAACAGGUUUCAAAGAUGAUGUUAUCGAACGUGAAUUAGAUUAUGUUGAAAAACGUAUUGAACUAUAUCCUGAUAAUGAAAGUGCAUGGAAUUAUUUGCGUGGCAUUGCAAGAUUUCGUUUGGCUAGUUUAACUGAUCAACGUAUAUGGAAUUUUUGUCGUAAUUUGUAUGAAAAUCAUUUUCUAAAAGAUGAGUUUAAUAAUCAACAAUGGCGAUUUUUGCUUGGUUAUAUGAUUGAAUUGUUAAUGGAUGACGAUCGUGUUGACAAACAAGAAGAUAAUAAAAAAAUGAUUCAUGAUCUUUGUGAAAAAUUAAUGUUACAAAUUGAUCCGAUUCGAAAAAAAUAUUGGCAAUACAUUGAAGAGCAAAUGUCAACCAAUCAUGCCUUUUAUACUGAGAAGACGACAGAAUUUUCUGGUAACGAUAAUAAAGUAGCCAUUGUAAACACAUUCUAUAAUGUUAUUGCACAAGAUGGUGCUGAUCCAUGGGUAUAUAAACAUACAGAUGGAUGGUAUUAUUCUACGAGAACUACAGGUGGUGAUGUUCGUAUUUGGCGAUCACGUACUUUUACAUCGAUGGAUGCUGGCGAAAGUCGAGUUGUUUGGAGAUCAUCAAAUUCUGGUCCAGCAUGUCGUGAUAUUUGGGCUCCCGAAAUACAUUUUCUUAAAUCAAGUUGGUAUAUCUAUUUUGCUGCAACAACAUGUGACAGUAAAAAUGAAAAUCAUCGUAUGUUUGUCAUUGAAAAUACCAAUGCUGAUCCAUUCACUGACUCAUUUACUUGGAAAGGACAAAUUACAGAUGCAACCAAUAAAUGGGCUAUUGAUGGAACUGUCCUUGAUCACCCGUCAGGCCAACUCUAUUUUAUAUGGUCGGGUUGGGAAGGAAAUGUUAAUGAAAGACAAAUUUUAUAUAUUGCUCAAAUGUCUAAUCCAUGGACAAUAAGUAGUCCAAGAGUAGAAAUUGCAAGACCGAUAUAUAAUUGGGAACUGAAUCAUCGUCCUUAUAUUAAUGAAGGUCCACAAGUAACAAUACGAAGCGGUGUUAUAUCACUUGUUUAUUCAGCAUCGGGCUCAUGGACAAAUGAUUAUUGUCUUGGCUUGAUUACGGCACAUACAAGUAGUAAUCCUAUGUUAACAUCAUCAUGGCAAAAACGUGCUAAUCCAAUAUUUCGGUCAGCUAAUUCUGUUUAUGGACCUGGACAUCAAAGUUUUACAAAAUCUCCGGAUAACCAAGAAGAUUGGAUUAUUUAUCAUUCAGCACGAUACAGUGGUUCAGGUUGGACUCGACAAAUUCGUGCACAGCAAUUUACAUGGAAUACCGAUUCAACACCAAAUCUAGGCACACCAGUCAAUCCAAAUAUACCAAUACGUGUGCCAUCUGGUGAUCAAAAUCGAGAUCGAUAUGAAGCAGAACAUGCACGUCUUUUAAAUGGCCCUUAUGUGCAUCCUCAUGCAAGUGCAUCGAAUGGUCUUAAAGUUGGAUAUAUUGAUUAUCCAGAUAGUACAGUUGAAUUCACUAUACAAUGUUCUAAAGCUGGUACAUAUAUAAUUGUAAUUCGAAAUGGAAAUGGUUCGGCAGGAAAUUCUCUUGCUACACAUUGGUUAACGAUCAAUAAUGUGAAUCCAACUGAAGUACCAAUUGUAUACAGUGGAUGGGAUAUGUGGGGCGCAACAAUGGUUCGUGCCAAUCUGAAACAAGGUGCUAACACUUUAAGUUUCAAAAAAGGCUUGAACUUUGCUGAGAUUGAUAUGGUUGAUGUUUUUCUUGGUGAAUAA